AUGCCCCCACACACAUUUCAAUGCAAGUUCGUAGAAUCUUUCCGCCGCCACCAAAUUCCUUCCACCGCACCAAGUUGCUUCUCCGAUUCCCCACAGCAGAUAUCAGCAACAAAAGGACCACACGAAAGCAAUACCUUCUCGAAGUUUCUCUACUCCGGCGAUUCAAAUCAGUCUAUUUUUUGCAGAUCCGUAGUCAGUGGAAUGGCGAACGCCAAGCUUAUCUCAUCCUUGAUCGUUGAUCAACUCUCUGUUGUUGCCAGACGUGGAUUCGCGACCGCAACACAGGGGAGUGUAUCCGGAAGCGUGAGAGGAAGUGGAGUUGGAAUGAUGAAGAAAGGAGGUGAGGAAUCGAAGAAAUCGACUCCAUGGGUUCCAGAUCCCGUUACAGGCUACUACAAGCCGGAAAGCCAAAUAAACCAGGUUGACGCCGCUGAGCUCCGUGAACUACUGUCAAAACAGAAAAAUCGUCGACACUAAAUUAAAGCCGUUAAAAUGGAUUCGUAAGUUGCAAGAUGAAGAUGAGUGAAGCUGAUUAAUACCAUUCAUCCGAAAACACAUAGCACGCUUGUUUAGAAACUUAUUGAUUUUGUUCAGCGGUCGGUCCAUAUUAUUGUUACAAAGCUAGGAAUCAUUCCAUUAAUAAAAAAAAAUAUACUUUAUAUGUUAAAUACUAGUAAACGUAUUCGUGUUGGAACUUGGAAGUAUGUUACUUCUUAUUCCACUGAACUUGAAACAUUUUACAUUUAUCUAUUUGGCAUACUCUAUACCUAAGUUAUCAAUUGCGCGCUAUAGCGGUGCUAUUUGCGGAGGUCAGGAACCGCUAUUUUCAACUUAGCGUUUUCAUUUCGUGGUACCGCUAUUAGCGGCACUAUUUAUCGCUAUUUCAAUAACCGCUAUAGCGGCGCUACGGGCGUUAUUCCAUUUUCGUUCACAUUUUGGGUCAUUUGGUUAUUUUUUCAAUGAAAAACUAGUUUUAAUGAUCUCACUACACUUUCAUUUUAAAAUGCCCAAACAACUAUCAUAACUAAAAGCAUUCAAAGCAACUACGUCUACCGACAACUCUCUUUCUCAUCUCUCUUUGUACUCACGACAACAUGAACUGCUAUGGUCGGACUCCAUUAAU